AUGAACUAUGUGCAGGCGGAAGGUCGGGUGAUGGGUCGACGUUUCUUUUUAACGCUGGUGAUUGGGAUUUCUGCUGGAUUUAGUUUUGCAUACAUACUUUUAACAUCGACUGGAUUCUCACGGCAAAAUGUUUGGCAUACCUACAGGGAAUCAGUAAGGGAUUUGGAUAAGCACCCGAUCACAGCUAUUGGAGAACACAGUAAUGAUGAACCAGCGCAUAAAGAUGAGGACAGAUCGGUGGCUGAUGAGCUAUCCCGAAGAGUCAGGGUGUUGUGCUGGGUCAUGACACAACCGAAGAACCAUGAGGCUAAAGCGAAACACGUGAAAGCUACUUGGGGCAAGCGGUGUAACAAACUUAUUUUUAUGAGCAGUGUUGAAGACGCGAGCCUGCCAACAGUAAAACUGCCAGUGAACGAAGGGAGGGACUUCCUAUGGGCAAAAACGAAGGCAGCAUUCCGCUAUGUAUACGAACACCAUAGGAGAGAUGCCGACUGGUUCUUGAAAGCUGAUGAUGAUACGUACGUGGUGGUAGAAAAUCUAAGAUAUAUGCUGGCAGACUACGAUAGCAAAGACCCGAUAUACUUUGGAUGCAGGUUCAAGCAUUUCUCACCGCAGGGUUACAUGAGUGGUGGUGCAGGCUACGUGUUGAGCAGAGAGGCGCUGGACAGGUUCGUGAACAAAGCGCUGCCGACGCCACAGCUCUGUAACGCGGGAGACCAGGGCGCUGAGGACGCUGAGAUGGGUAAAUGCCUCGAUAAGAUAGGCGUCCGUGCAAUGGACUCGCGCGAUGAGUUCCACCGCGGUCGGUUCUUCCCGUUCGUGCCGCAGGACCAUCUGUUCCCCAAUAGAGACAAAGACUUCUGGUACUGGAACUACAUCUUCUAUCCUACUGAUGAGGGUCUUGACUGUUGUUCAGAUCACGCAGUGUCCUUUCACUACGUGGGCCCGCAGCUAAUGUACGUACUCGACUAUCUAAUAUACCAUUUAAGACCUUAUGGAGUCAAAUACGGCAGCGGCGUUAUGCCUAAAAUCCUCAAAGGUAACGAUACCAAAGAUUUAGAAAAUCGUUAG